GUGCGCGUGGAGGCUUUGACCGAGGGCGUCGAAGCGCCGCCAAACCUCAGCGACUGCCGCUUCGAGGUGCGCCAGCGCUACCAGUACAGCGCUCGGCGCGCCUACGCGCGGGAGCUCGCCAAGCACGGGCACGGAUCGGAGGCGGAGGAUGGGGGCGCGGGGGGCCUGCCCUCCUGGGAGGGCGCCGGCGGCCAGGAGGACGAUGAUCACCGAGGUGGGGAUCAUCAAGUGGUGCGAAGGAAACCCAGUGGAUUGGCAGCAAGGCGGCCGAAUGCACAGGCAGUCAAGCGGCUACAGGCGCUUCAGGACGCAACGAAGAAGGAGCGGAAGGUGAACGAUGAGGAAUUUCUCAGGCUGAUAGGGGAGCCGAUCCUCUAUGGUCAGGUCCUUCAGCUCAAGCAUGUCACCUCAGGGCGGUACCUCUCAAUACGAAAGACUGCCGCAGAUGUUGAGAGGGGGGCACUGAAGACCACUCUGCAGGACGGGGGCACCGCUGGCUCCUGGUUUCGCAUUGUCUCUGGCUAUCGCACCAAAAUAGAUGGUGAUCGGGUUCUCUUUGGCGACCUGGUGGCCCUCGAGAGUGUGUCAUUUGGUGGGAUGGGUCUGCAUGUGUCCGUG